AUGAAAGUGCACUGCGACAUACGCUUUACCAACAGUACCCACGGGACGUACCAGAGCGGACAACAGGUGACGGGCCACGUCCAUAUCAAGCUGACCGAGCCGAAAAAGUUUUAUGAAAUUCGACUCAGCAUCCUCGGUGUCAGCAAUGUCAAGUGGACACAGAAACGGGGCCAGGGAAGACAACGGCGCACGGUUUACUACACCGCCAAACGGGAUCAUCUGUCAUCGAUGAAGGUGCUGGUCGGAUCGCCAGAUAGUGGCAAUCCAACGGAACUACCGGCCGGAGAACACAUCUACGAGUUUGCCUGCGAGCUGCCUUCCCAUUUGCCUACCUCGUUCGAAGGAUCGUACGGACACUGCCGGUACACGGCCCAGGUGGUGAUGGUACGUCCCUGGAAGUUCAACCUGACGUACAAAGUGGGAUUCACCGUGAUCCAGCCGCGUGACCUUAACCUCCAGUCACCCAGCAUUCGUUUGCCGACCCGGAUGGAAGAUGCGCGCGUGUUUUGCUGCGGGUUUUGGCGCACGAAACCGCUGUUCGUGCGGGUGACCGUGCCUUACACCGGUUACGUACCCGGCCAGGCGAUACCGCUCACGAUCGACCUGAACAAUCAAUCGUCCCGAAUCAUCGAGGGUGUCAAUAUGAAGCUGCUGCAGGAAAUAACGUACCGUGCGGAAUAUCCGGGCAGUAGAACGCGCCGGGAGGUGCACACGAUCGUCAAGCACAUCGGGGACGGUGUUGGCAGUGAAGCGCUGAUCCAGUACAAGCAGCGGCUCGUGGUACCAACGGUUAUACCGACCUGUGGCGACCUGAACAUCAUAUCCGUCGGCUAUCGCUUGCAUAUAACGGUGCGGGUGACAGGUUGCGGUUCGGAUCCGGUGCUCGAGAUACCGCUGAUCAUCGGAACGACACCGCUGAUGUUGGAACAGCCCUCGAGUGUCGCCAUACCACCGGAGACGACGGCUACCGGUGUGAGUGGCCAGAGUGGUGGCUUUAACUUUGGCAACGUUCCAGCACAGCUGCCAUCCUCCAGUGGUUUGGUACGCGCGGAUACGCUGCCUCCAGAUUAUCUGCCUCCACCGACGUACGAGGAAGCGAUGAAUGGUGCGGCGGUGGUGAUAACAGACGAUACCGACACUAACGCAAUCGGUACCAAACCGUACGUACCCCUCUAUCCAUCGUACAACUUCAACGACAUCCAGUGGCCUCCGCUUCCUUCAAUGGCAUCACAACCACCAUUACCGCCGAAGCAGUGA